AAUGGUUAAAGCACGUGUUCAGCAAAGAGUAGUUUUUGUUUAAGAUUUCAGUCACCAUUUCGUAUAUUAUUUUCAUGCCAUUUUUUCAGGUUUAUGCUUAUGUAUAUGGAUGGUUAUAAUAUUUAAAGAGUUAUUGUGAAAUCACUAUGGGUAAGAGCAGGCAUAAUGCCAAAGCAAGAAGAGUAGUGAAAACGAAUAUAAUUGAGACAGAUGAGAUAAAGGUAGAAUUUUCUAAAAAUGAAUAUGGCACAUCAGACGCUAGCAAUCUUUUGGUUUUACCUUCAAAAAAGAGGCAAACUAAAAUACUUACAGACAAAAAAGAUAAAACAAGAUUUCUUUCAAAGGCACAGAGGAAAAGACUCGAAAAAAUUGUUGAAAAGAAAAAGAAAAAAGAAAAUAGAGCUUCUCUUUUGGAAUCUUUGUCACAAGUUCAAGCUUCACCAAAUGAAAUCAGCCAGUUGACUGCAAUUUCUGCUAUGCAGACACUGGGACUUAGAACAUUGACCGAGUAUAGUAAAGAGAUAUCAAUAGAUACUAAGGAAUCUACCGACAAGAAGUUUAGUAGUAUUGCGGGUGCCAAAAAGCGACUACGCCUUUUGAAACAAGAUCAAUUAGAAAAAAAUAAAAAGUCUAAAUAUGAUCCUAACAUUGUGGGAUUAGAAAAAUGUUCUGAUGAGGAAAUUAGUUCAGAAUCUGAUGAUGAUAAUGAUGCAGAAGUUGUUGAAAAUGGGCAUGAAUGUAAAAGUAAUAUGGAAAUUGUAGAUUUAAAUAUAUCAAAAGAUGGCGACAAGGAUGAAAGUUUCGAAGAAAAACAGGUAAACCAUGAUUCAGAACUAAAAAAUAAAAUAUUGAAUAAGAAUGAGACAGAAACAUUGCCAGAUAAUAACAAAUCUUCUAGAGAAACAAAAACAAAAGAAAUUAAAGUUGAAGUAAAGAAAUCACUUUUGAAUCAUCCCACGCAACAUGUGGAAGUAAAAAGGGAUCCUAAAGUGCAGGUGGCAAGACUUAAAUUGCCGAUUUUAGGUGAAGAACAGAGAAUAAUGGAGUUAGUAAAUGAAAAUGAGUUCCUGAUUGUAGCUGGAGAAACAGGCAGUGGUAAAACUACUCAAAUCCCACAGUUUUUGUAUGAAGCUGGUUACACGCAGCACAAAAUGAUAGCAGUGACUGAACCACGGCGUGUCGCCACUGUUGCCAUGGCAGCCAGAGUUGGCUACGAGUUGGGUUUGACCAGCAAAGAAGUAUCUUACCUGAUGAGGUUUGAGGGGAAUGUCACUAAAGAAACAAAAAUUAAAUUUAUGACUGAUGGUGUACUCUUAAAGGAGAUCCAAUCAGAUUUCCUCUUGAGCAAAUAUUCAGUAGUAAUAAUAGACGAGGCGCACGAAAGGAGUGUGUAUACAGAUAUCCUAUUAGGUCUUUUGUCUAGAAUCGUGCCGCUUAGGAGAAAACGAGGGAAUCCAUUGAGAUUAAUCAUUAUGUCUGCUACGUUGAGAAUCGAAGACUUUACAGAGAACACUAGGUUGUUCAAAGAACCGCCACCAGUUAUAAAGAUAGAUUCGAGACAAUUCCCAGUAACAGUACAUUUUAAUAAGCACACAUAUAGUGAUUAUUUAAAAGAAGCGUAUAAGAAAACUGUCAAGAUACACACCAGAUUGCCGGAAGGUGGGGUCCUUAUAUUUGUAACUGGACAACAGGAGGUGAAAUAUUUGGUGCGUAAACUUAGGACUUCAUUUCCGUAUCGUAAAGACGUAGAUUAUUCGAAACUUAUAACAAAGAAAAGGCCAGUAAGUGAAGCAGAUGCAGCGUUAGACUCUGAACCGGAUGAUAUAGAGUCCGACGACGACGAGGUGGAGAAAGAGAUGAAGAGAGCGAAAAAGGCUAGAAGGAAAGCGAAGUUGAUAGCGAAGAGUUUGCCGAAAAUCAACCUGGAUGAUUAUGAUAUGCCAGACGAUGAUGGUCAGGCGGAUCUGGUGGAUGCUGACGACGAUAGCGAAGGGCAUCUCAGUGACUCAGACGCAGAAGAAGAUGGUUUAUCGGCAGUUAUUAAGUCUUGUCGUCAGCCUUUAUGGGUACUUCCUCUAUAUUCUAUGUUGAGUUCAUCAAAGCAAUCAAGAGUUUUUGCUGCUCCACCGCCAGGGGCGCGACUGUGCGUCGUCAGUACAGAUGUCGCUGAGACAUCGUUAACCAUCCCGGCCAUAAAAUAUGUUGUAGACACCGGAAAAAAGAAAAUGAGAGUAUACGAUCACGUGACAGGCGCUAGCGCUUGGCGAGUAGUGUGGACGUCGCAAGCGAGCGCUGAGCAGCGAGCGGGGCGAGCGGGCAGAGUGGGCGCAGGUCACGCUUACCGCCUAUACAGUAGCGCUGUGUUUCAACACGAAUGUGUACCGCAUCACCCUCCCGAUCUAUGUAGACGACCUGUCGAUGAUUUGGUGCUCACCAUGCGCUGUAUGGGCAUAGACAAGGUAGUGAAUUUCCCGUUUCCAACAGCACCAGAUAGACUUCAACUCAAAUUGGCUGAGAAACGUCUAGAAACACUCGGUAUAUUGGAAAAAAUAGAGAAAGUCAAUUCGAAUAAAAGAAGAAUACAAGACGACGGCGAGAUAUUGAAAGUUACCCCAUUAGGUAAGGCUGUAUCUGCAUUCCCACUGCUACCGAGAUAUGGAAAAAUGUUAGCGCUCAGUCAUCAAUUCGGUCUGCUGCCUUACACUAUAGCUUUGGUAUCAGCAUUGACGGUGCAAGAGGUGAUGUCUGGCAAACCGGACAGUUGGCUCGCGACUGGCAACACUCUAUUGCUCGGAGAUCCGGGCGUAUUAUUGAGGGUAGUUGGAGCAGCGGAGUAUGCGUACGUAAAAGGCGAGGAGGAGCUGUUUUGUGCUAAAUAUGGAUUGAGGGAAAAGGCUAUUAAAGAGAUUCGGAAGCUUCGAAAGCAGCUGACAUCGGAGAUCAAUCUAAGUAUAGCCGGGGUCGAUGUGACCGUUGAUCCCGAGAUGAAACCACCGGAUGAUAAUCAAGCGAGGUUAUUGCGACAGCUGGUGUUGAGCGGGCUGGGUGACCAAGUAGGCAGAAAGAUUGGUCUUGAUGAGGUUAAAGAAGGUGAAGACAAACGCAAGUUCAAAUACGCAUAUCACUGCGGUGAAUUAGACGAGCCUGUACAUUUGCAUGGGAUGUCCAUUCUUCGCAAGACCAUACCUGAAUGGGUGGUCUACCAGGAGUUGUAUGAAACAGGAGAAGAUAAUAAGAAGAUGAUUAUGAGAAACGUAACCGCUAUAGAACCGGAAUGGCUACCCGUAUACGUGCCACAGAUGUGUAAUUUAGGGGAACCUCUUUCGGAUCCAGAACCUAGAUACGAUGAGAAGUCUGGUAGAGUUAAAUGCCACUUCAAAGGAACGUUCGGGAAGGCUGGCUGGGAGCUACCCACUGUCGAAAUAGAUUUUCCCGAUAAAAUCGAAAGAUACAGAUGGUUUGCCAGAUACCUCCUGGACGGGACCGUAUUUCCGAAAUUGAAGAAAUAUUGUGGAUCGUUGCUAUCUCCACCUUCGACUAUGGUGAAGAGUUGGUCGAAACUACAACCGCGCACUGAAUUAAUAUUGAAGGCGCUUAUUAUGAAGCGAGCUGGCACGAGAGAUGCUCUGAGAGAAAUCUGGCAAUUGGAAUCUAAUUAUUUGCUGCAUGAAUAUUUGAAAUGGCUGCCAGAGUCUGCGCAUAAUGAAGCUACUAUGUACUGGCCCCCAUUGUGAAAUGUAUGAAAAUAAUUGUAAUAAAUAUGUACAUAUUCUGUGAAUAUAAUUAUUGUU